AUGGCACUUGGUGGAAAUUUUUUACAAUCACUCAAGGAUUAUGACUUUCGUGAUUGGAUCAGAAUUAUUGUUAUUGUCUGUGGCUAUAUUUUGAUGCGACAACAGUUUGUUCAAUGGAGAACUCGUCGAUAUCAACGACAACAAGAAGAAGAAGACGAUGUUCUUAAGCAAGAAGCCCAUGAAGAAGCGAAACGUGUUGCUUUGGAGAAGAUGGAAUCUAAGGUCAAAGGUACUAGUGCUAAAAGUAGCGGUGCUUCUUGGGGCUGGGGAAAUACUGCCAAAGAAAGAUUUGAAAAACGUCGCAAGUACAUUGAAAAGCAAGCUAUGCGUAAGGCCGAAAUGGCUCAGAAUGAAGUCGACAUAGAUUCUGAUGAUGAAAUCAAUGAACUCCUCCAUUAA